AUGUAUGCGCCGGGGGCAGCCCUGGCGUGCCGCGCGACCGAGUUCGUCUUCAAGGUCGGCAAGGAGACCGGCGGCAAGAAGAUGGAGAGCCCGCACUCGCUCAAGUCCAACGAGAUGGCCGAGGUCGCCUUCCAGCCGCAGCAGCCGCUCGUCGUCGACUCCUUCAAGAACUGCGAGGGCCUUUCACGCAUCGCCUUCCUCGACGGCAACACCGCCGUCAUGCUUGGCAAGGUCACCGGAGUCACCAGGAAGAGUGACAUGUAG